UCUAUUUAUGAUUAUUCCUUUUUUAUUUAUGUAUCAUAUAAUUGAUUAUUUUACCAUAAGUUUUGCUACAAGUGUUAUUUUUAAAAUCCUGUGCAUUAUAUGAAAAAUGAUUGUGUAAGGUAUGCAAUAUAAUGACGGGAUAAAAUUUAAUUCUUCAUAAAUGCUGGCGAGAGGAUUAUCAUUAUAAAUCUUGGUUAAUCACAAAAAUUUGAAGAACAGAAAAAAAAUAUAAAUGGUUAGCGAGAAACGAUAUUAUAGGCACAGGAGUUGUCAAUCAUAAAUAAAUCAAAAAAUAAAUGGAAAUAUUUUUAUUUACAUGCAAAAAAUUAAUUAUUGAAGUCAAUUAAAUAAGUCAAUCGGAAGUCAUAAGCAGUUGCUUGUAUAAAGAGUCUUUAGCAAAAUAUAUUUUAUGUUAAACAUAAUCGAGUAACUCCUCUCUCUCUCUCAGAGAAAAGGACAUAUUCGCGGAUCGCAGCCCUGGCCUAUGGCCUGAAAGUCCUUGUUGACAUUUUCAGCUUCAGUAUCGUAAUUUUCAACGUAACUUUGCACGUUUUAUUCUACGUACGUCGUAAUUCUAAUCUUACAUAUGUAACACUAGAUACGUAUUACCAUAUCUUAUUAUGCGUCUAUAUUACGUAUUCGCGUAACAGAUAUUUAUUGCGCUUUUAUGUGUCUAAGAAUCGGCGGAUAUAAGCAAGAUUUUCCUAUAUUUUAUGCGUAAUUUUAUCUCAAACUAAAUAUAAACUAAGAUAUAUUUAAUUAUUUAAUAUUUCAUAAACGGAAAUGUCAAAAAUUUAUCAAAAUAGAUAAAGUCUCGUGCAAAUAUAAAAAAAUAUAACCGAUGGAAAUGUUUCGAAAAUCGAUUUGAUGAAAUAUAAUGCGCUUAUACUGAUCUGAUAAUCUUACAAUUAAAUAUGAAAAUGAUGGUGACAACAUAUGAGAGUGCAAGAACUGUCAUUCCAAAUGUUGAUUUUUAAAAAUAUUUAACAAAUUAGACAUAUAGAGCGGAGUCAAUUUAUGUCAACAAGCUCAAGUAUCGGGCGAAAAUCCUCAGUCAAGUCAAGAGGAGAAAAACACAUUACGUCGGUAAUAGAAAACAGCUGCGUGUCCAGGAGAAUCGCUAUUCUUGACUAUAAGCGCUAAUGGCUUCGUUGUUAGCCUAGAAUUACUCGCGAAAUAAUAUCGCGAGGUUUCUUUCAAGACUCCAUCAACGUGUGUCCAGAGAGUAAUAAUGCUUCGUGUAGUAACAAUGGCAUUUCGAAAGUCAACGAUCUCGUCUUGAAACCGCGAUGCGUAAUCUUCCGCGCGACCACGUCUCGUCCUCAUCCUUGGACAUCGCAAAAAGGACCGCGUCCAUCAUUUAUGAAGACGCCGCGAGAUUGUAAUACUCUGAGGUACUUUACAGUUUCCCGUAAUUUCAACGGAUGUGAGCGUGUGUGCGUGUACGUUUGUCGUACGUACUAACGUAUACGUGUGUCGAGAUUGGCUACGGCCCUGACUGAGUUAAAAGGAGGCAUUCUACCAUGAUAAAUUCACCAUCGCCGUCGUCCAAGUGGGGUGAUACCACGCGCGGAGAAAGUGCUCUUUACUUUAUAUAUACUCAUGCGACGGGGCCAUCGUACGCAUUUUCGAUAUCGCUGUCGCUAAUUGCGAUCAUACAUAUCUCUAGUGGAGAGUAGAGUCGUACAAUCGCGAGUCUUGCCACCUCACAUACGUACAUAUCAGGAUCAUCGAAAGAAUGAUGCUGAUCGGACUCGUACUGUUCGCCGUAUGGAUCAGGAUUGCCGUGUCAGAACUGCCUCCUGGAGUAACGUCAUGCCCACGAACAGACAACUUGGCGGAGUACGACAAGUGCAUUCUCAAGCAGCUGGAAGCUCUCACGCCGCUUCUCGUCAAGGGAGUACCCUCUUUGAAAUUGCCAGCAUUAGAUCCUUUGUUUCUACCAUCCUUGACAGUGGAUAGGAAUCUAGAUUCCUUAAAACUUAAAGCUAAUAUGACUCAAAUUCGCGUUUAUGGCGCUACGAAUUAUGUCGUGCGCGAUCUUAAAGCAAAUCCCAACGACUUGACCGUAUCUAUCAAGGUUCGAAUGCCUCACAUUUAUGUGAACGGCGAGUAUGACGUCCAAGGAAGAUUGUUGCUGCUGCCUUUAAGCGGAUUAGGCAAUUUUAAAGGGAAUUUCACUGACACUGAAGCCCAAGUAAAUGCACAAGGCAAGGAAAUUACCGAUAAAAAUGGCGUGCAGAGAAUUGAAAUCGACAAAUUGGUUACUAAAAUCCGCGUCGGUGAUGGAAAUAUUAAACUAAAGGCACCUCCUGCUCACACAUUAGCCGCCGAAGCCGCUGCAACGUUUUUUAAUUCCAAUCCCCGGCUAGUGUUGGACAUAGCCAGUCCAAUUAUCGAGGAUACUGCCGCGACUGUGAGCAAAGCUCUAGCCGCUAGAGCACUCAAUGCUCUUACUAAGCAAGAACUCGUUCCUUAAUUUUUACAUAGUCGAAUCUCACUCGGCUCGUCAUAAAAAAUGCGAAUAUUGCGAUAAGUAAGUGAUUUAAUGUAGGUUUAUUCGCUUUUUUAUCUUAAAUCGUGAUAUAUUCCGCCGGCUAAUUGGUAAAACGUGUAGAAUUGUUAUCUCAUUUCCAAAGAAAAUCAUUUAUUUAAUUAUGUUAUGCAAUCGUGAGACAUCGUUCGUUUUCACUUUUGUAUGUUGUGAAAAGUAUUGAAAUGUUAAUUCAUUUAAAAGAAAUACGUUAUAUACA